CUAGCGAAGAGAAAAGUAUUGAGUGUGUGGUGUAAAAUUUUCAAUUUCUCGUUACACGUAUAUAUAAAAUCCGCACGGAAAGGCUAAAACGCUGUUGAUUCCGGUACCUUCUCUGUCUCUCGACCCUAGAAUCUUCGUUCGCAAAAUUGCAGUCUCCAGAGAAGAUGCAGAGGGAAAGAGAAGGUAGAAACGAUUUCUUUGGCAAGGAUGACCCUUUCAGUAAUUUCCGGGGCUUUGGCAUGAUGCCCAGCCUGUUUGGGGGGAAAGAUCCAUUUGAUGACCCAUUCUUUACUCGCCCAUUUGGGAGCAUGUUUGAAUCUACCAGGCUUGAACCUCCAAAUUCUGGUAGUAGUGAUGCAUUGCAUGCCAAUGGAGCAAACGAAUUAGUUAUAGAAGAACUAGUAUCUGAUGAUAAGGAGGAAAAAGAAAAAGAUAUACACUCUGGCUCAGGCAAAGAACCAUUUAUUGAGUAUCCUGAUGAUGAUUUUGAAGAGGUGAAAAGCAAGAAUGUGAAUUGUAUCCAUGAUGAUAACAAGAUGGAAGGAACUAAGCCGCAGGCUCGCAAUUUCAGUUUUCAGACUUGCAAAGUCACAUAUGGUGGUGUAGAUGGAGCAUAUUACACUUCUACAAGGACCAGAAGGGCAGGCAGUGAUGGAGUGGUAAUUGAGGAGAACAAAGAAGUGGACAAAUCAACGGGUCAAGCAACACAUCGGAUCUCUAGAGGGCUUCAUGAUAAGGGCCAUUCUGUCACAAGGAAGCUUAAUUCAGAUGGCAAGGUGGAUACAUCCCAAACUUUACACAAUCUGAAUGAAGAUGAAGUUGCUGCAUUUGAAGAAGCGUGGAAUGGUAAUGUAAAAGGACAGUUGCCUGGCUUAAGUAAUCAAUUUGAUAUCAAUGGUAAUACAGCUUGUAAUGACAAAAUUGAGAAUGGCAAUGUAGCUUCUAGCAACAGAGAACAGAAGGAGAUGACAACUUGGGGCAGAUGGGCACUUCCAUCAGUAGAACAUCACCGAAAUACUGGAGUAACUUCUGCAGGAAAAAGCAAAACUGUUCUUAGGAUCAACAUUGAAUAAAUCAAGAGAUACGUUUGCAAAUUGCCUGUAAUAGAAUCAAGAGUGGAAUUUGGCCUCGGGCAGGCCGCAGCGUGGUGUCAAGCCAUGGUGAAAUGAUUUUUGUCAGACCCUGUACAUAGCAGCCAGUCGCUUAUUUGGCUUUCGAAAAUUAAAAUAGAUCAUAUCUUGUGUCUUCAUUACCAAGUUGUGAACAUUGGAGACCUUUACGCUGAGAAUUUAUGGUGCUUUCUUUUCUCUACAGUUCAAUUCCAAGAGAGAAGUUGAAUAGGAUCUUAUAUGUAAAAAAUUUUAGCCAUUGUUUCAGAUGGCCAUUUUAUUCUACGUUGCUGGCAUUAUAUGGUUUUA